AUGUCUCUAUCCGCCGAGUACUGCAGUGAUAAAACGGGUGACAGGGGUGGAGGAGGUGGAGUUGCUUUGGCCCAUCAGAGGAGACUGAUCCGGGGAUUGCUUGUUUGGGCCACCCUGCUCACUCUAGGCUUGGCCACAUCAAUAACUCUCCACUUCAUCCACAGAGAAUUGCCAGCUACUAGUAAACAGCAGGAUCAAGAAAACUUCGACCAACCUCAGCACAAAGAAAUCCCUCUAAUGGAGUUUUCACCAGACUGGAAAGACUCAGACAUGGUGGAGAAACUCCAGUGGAAAACAGUGCGUGAGGUUUUUAUCAAAGGACAGGAACAGCUGUUGGUGAACGAGUUUGGCCAAUAUUUCCUGUACCUGCAGGUUACCCUCGCCUCUCAUGAGAAAGCAAACCAUACAAUCACUUUGGAAUCAAAACAAAGACAUGUGAUUUUAAAAGGUCUUAUCAAUGGAUCAAAACUCUCAACUGUCUUCAUGGCUAAAGGCAUUUCCCUCGCUAGCGGAGAUACUCUAACUGUGACCUGCCAGCCGAGAGCCAAAAUCCAGAUCUCUCACACUGAAACCUACCUGGGUGUGAUCAAGAUUAAGUCAACCUGAAUCUAGAUCAAAGACUGAAAUGGAUUUGUGACAGUAUUGAAUGUGGACUCCCUCCGCAUUGAUCUGCUGGGUUUUGAUGUACACACUGAAGGCAGUGUACGACAUGUUAGCUUUUUUUAUUUAUUUCUUAAAGUGACAUCUCCAAAACUCUCUGCCUUUAUUGCACUAGCCUAUAUUUAAGCUUCUCCCCACUCAAUGGAUGAAGUGUCACUGAAUGUCCAUGUGUGGCCGAAUUCUGAUUGUUACCAAUGUAAAAUUGGCACCCUAUUGAUGCACUUUAUAUACAUGUAUGUAUAUAUAUUUGUGUGAAACUGGCCCUUUGCUGAAGCCCUGAACUGCUCCAAAUGUUUCUUCAACUCACUCACUUUGGUAUUGUGAAUACCUUAGUCCACACUACAACACCUGAGUCAACAGAAAAUUAAAUGAGAUUAAGUUAGUAACAUUCAUUUAGCAGGUCUCCUUACGGAUGCUAAACAUGUUUAUAAUUAUAAUCAACACACCAUUUCUGCAGAAUGAACAUGUCGAGAUUUAUUUAAAGAGAAAGGGCAACAAACACUGCUUGUUUUCUCUUUUGGUAUCUUGUGUCACUAUUUGAAGCUCCUCAACAGCAAUAUAUCUGGAUAAUUUCUGCAAUUCCUUGAAACUAGCCAAACACACAAAACGACCACAGAAAUAGAAAAUAGCAAGAGCUGUUCUCAAAUGGCAGAUCUUUGCUAGUUGCAGCAAAGGUGGGGACUUAGGAAAG